AUGGCGGCGGCUGCGGCGGCGGCGUCUCUGGCGAUCCGUCUCACGGCGCUCGUCGUGGUGCUCGUCGUCUUCUGCCCGACGGCGUCCGCGGCGCCGAAGGGGAAGAAGUACAAGGUCGGCGGUCCUGACGGGUGGCGCGUGCCCCCGAAGGCGGACAAGGAGAUGGCGUACGUCAAGUGGGCGUCCAACAUAACCUUCUUCGUCGGGGACUCCGUCGAGUUCGUGUACAAGAACGACUCGGUGAUCAAGGUGAGCAAGGUUGGUUACUACCACUGCAACGAGACGGCGGGCAUCGGCACCGGCCCCGGGCCGAGGGAUGGCAAAACGCUCUUCAUCCUCGACGCGCCAGGCUUCGUCUACUUCGCCAGCUCCAACCUCAGACACUGCAAGGAUGGCCAGAAGCUCCUAAUUAAAGUCCUCGACCCCGAGCAGCGGCCGCCGGCAUCAGCAUCGUCGCCGUUAGAGGCCCCGACGGAUCCAUCAUCUCCGGAGCCAGGGCCGGCCUCCACGGAGCACUCAUCCGCCAUGGGAGGGCCAUUCGUGGCGCCUCUCGCCCGCGCCAUGGCACAAGCUGCAACAUUGGUCCUGGCCUGCUUUAUGUGA